GCCACAGGAAGCGUAAUAUGACAACGUAAAUUAUUUUAGUUUACUAUUUUCCAAUAUUUAUUGGAGUUAAAAUACCUAACUGUGUUAAAAUACCUAAAUACCUAACUGUGCUUCGAUAAAUUAUAGAAAGACAAAUUUGAGAAAUACACCAUCACACAGAUUGUCGUUUAAUUAUAUUCAAAGAGAGUUAAUAACAUAUACAAUGAAAAAAUUAAAUGCUGCUGUUUAACUUGGGAUAGUCAUCUGGUGAAAGCGCUGAAGAAAAACUUUUCAAAGAUUAAACGAGAAGAGUGGAAUAAUUUGCUGUGAUUGAAAAGCAAAACCAAAAUAUUAUGAGAUCGAUGCAUUUUGUAAUAUCAAGACAUCUAACAAACAACUAAACGGAUUGCUGUAUGUUCCGUUACACCUACAGAUUUUUACAAGACUGGUUUAUCAAUUUAAUUGUAACACGAGUAGUUUAAUGCCAGACAUAAAAGAUGAACUUAUUGAGAAUGAGCUUUAUAGGCUUUAUUAUACCCGUUCUAACCUUAGUUAGUGUCAUAAGCAGUGAAGAGGUUGCAGAAGAACUUGCAGCACAAACAGUAUCUGAGGAUGCCUUCAAUCAAGAAGAAAAUAAUGAGAUUCAUAUAGAAGAAAAGAAUGAGUCUGUGGAAAUAAACGCUGAUGUCACAGUAAACGUCACCGAUACUGUCUCGACUAAUACUACCAAAGUUAAUUGCUCAUCAGAGAAGAUCUACGGCCCUGUUGAGAUUGUCAAUGCAACAAGACUCAUGGAGCUAUUAAUCUUGGAGCCUGGUCCAUCAAAUCGCUCUAGAAAUGACAAAGAUGGUAAACAAUUACCAGGGACAUGCGUUCUCGUGUUAUUUUAUGCCAGGUGGUGUGUAUUCAGCAGUCAAGCUGCACCACAUUUUAACGCGAUACCUCGUUCAUUUCCUCAUAUUAAAGCCGUGGCGAUUGAUGCUAUAAAACAUCAAAGUUUCAAUGCCCAGUAUGGGAUAGUCGGGGUGCCAACAUUGAUGCUGGUCCAUAACGGCAAGCCUGUCGCCAAAUUCAACGACACGAUUUACACUUUGGAGUCGUUUGCCAAGUUCGUAUCCCAUCUAACAAAUUUGCAGCCGAAUGGCUCAUUAUAUGUUACGUCGGCGGAUUUUACGGGGCCGGUUUCGAGCACGCCUUCCAACGAGAUGGACUACUGCCUGGUGUUAUCGUGGAUCUUUAUAGUUGCUUGCGUGCUGUACUUCACAUCGCGCAGUAGGUGGUGGCAACGAUUUGUUGAACUCAUUGAGAACACCUGGCUCGAAAGUAAUGCGGAGCAUGAACACGUCGAUUGACUGAGGAGACUUUUGGCCUCUUGAAGUCCCCUC